AUGGAUUUGGCGGACUUUGAAUUGUCGCAAGAAGAUUUGCAAGAGAUUGAGACUUUGGAGUUCAACGCACUUCAGACAUCGUUCAGGGACAUCAGUAGCGACGAUGAGUCUGAAAAUUUACAUGUUCCGAAGAAAAGAAGACGUAUGGUUAUCAAUUCGGACAGUGAAAGCGAUUCAGUAAAAGAUUUUGUCCUACAAAAUUUACCUACUUCUUCAAACACGUACACAAAAUGGAAGAACCCUACUGGAUGCACUGCUCGAGUGAUACCCUUCACUGAGCCCACAGGUAUGAAGUUUCCUUUUUCAAGAGAAUUAAGUCAAGGAGAUCCAGAGGAUUUUUAUUCUUUGUUAGUUGACGAUUCCUUGUUUGAAAUAAUUGCUGAACAAAGUAACCUGUUUGCUACGCAAAGCUUUGGAGAUAAAGAUUUCAAGCCAUGUUCUCGCUCACAUACAUGGCAGCCAACCGAUAAGCAUGAAAUAAAACGAUUUUUUGGACUAAUUUUAUUCAUGGGCCUUGUGAAAUUGCCAUCAAUUAGUGAUUACUGGAGUACAGAUGACAUAUUUCAACAACCGUUUCCUCGCACAGUGAUGACUAGGAACAGAUUUGAAUUACUUUUACAGUACCUACACUUUGCCGACAAUUACAACUUGAAUCCGAACGAUCGCAUUGGAAAAAUCAGGUAUCUUGUGAAUUUGUUAAAUGAUAAAUUUAAAGCCUACUAUGCCCCUAAAGAAGAACUGUGUGUCGACGAAAGUAUGAUUCCUUUUAGAGGUCGAGUCACUUUUCGACAAUAUAACAAAUCUAAAAGGCACAAAUACGGUAUAAAAUUGUUUAAAGUUUGUACAAAUCCUGGUUAUACUUUAAAAAUACAGGUAUACAGUGGAAAAAAUAUUGAUAUUGAGAAUAAUACCCCUACAAAAAUAGUAUUAUCCCUGUACGAUGAACUCUUGAAUAAAGGCCACACCAUUGCCACUGAUAACUGGUACACCAGCUUGGAACUGGCGUACGAAUUACUAAAAAACGAUACAUAA